AGAGAAUGCCAAAACCUGGCAGAGUUUGUCCGUAAAGUCCUGGGACCUUAUUCCGUCAACGUUACCAGGGCAACCCAGCUCUGCUCAGCCUCCCUUUGCCAGGGAAAGGGUCGAUGUGUUCGUCAAAAUCCAGACAGCUCUGCUUAUCUGCAUCUCCCGCCGCAAUCCACUGCAGUGCAGAAGGUGACAGAAAAGGACAAGGCCACAGCUCAGCCAGACAGAGCCAGCAAAGCAGCUGAACCAGACCCAGCUGAGAUGUGGAAAAAAGACUUCAAGUGCCAGUGGUACAAGACAGCUGAUGGGGAAAUCUCUGACAGGCAGUCGCCCAAAGAUGGAGCUCCUUUGGGAGGAAUAUCCGACGGGAAAAACGAAGGCACGGUGGCGACUUCAACGGUUUCCAUGACAAAAGGAGCCACUGAGACUGUCCUUACAGGAAGUGACUUACCUGAUACAGGAAGCCCAACAUCUUUACUGAAAUUCUCAUCGAACAGUUGUACCAAUCCACUGACUGCCCCAAAUCUCUAUAUUCUGCUGCUUGGAGCUGUAUUAAGCCUGGGACCUUAAACUAAAAACUAAAUAAAGAUUUCACCCUGCAAACAUAAACUCCACUGAAGUGCCCUUUGAAAAGACUGAAUCCCUGAUUGAGGCUUUGUGCUUCUUUGUAGCUGAAAACCACAUCUCCCUUAUUCUUUUAGAUCCCCCAGGAAGAAUAAAUUACGUUCAGAUUCCGGAAACAGAGUCAUGAACAUUCACACUCACUCCUGUGGAUCAAUUUACACCACAAAUUAACACGAAACCCCUGCUUUUAAACUGUUAAAAAAAGCUGAGUAUAAAAAGCAAACAGCAAAAACAUUGAAAUCAUGCUAAGUCCACACAACCAAUCAAAACAUGGCUCAGGAUAAAUAAUAAUUAUUAAAAGUCAAUUUUAUACUAAACGAACACCUAACAUCUUAAAACAUUUAUGCACAAUGUAAAGAUCAUAAAGGUGCUACAACUUACAAAGGCUGUAAAAUGAAGGACUUCUUUUUUUAAGAUCUCUGGCACCCCCUGUCAAACUUCUAUAAAUGACUGAAGAGCUUUUUAUGCACAAGUAUACAUUUUUUUUAUUUUACAUUUUGUGAAAAUGAUAUUUGCUCAUUUAGGAAACAAUGAAAAGAGGAAAAACAGCCUAAAGAGGAUGUAAAGUCACACAAACAUACUGCCAUUUCUACAGCUGUUGUUUUCAUAUUUUCUAAUGAAAGCAUGGCUGUGCAGAUAAAAACAACCCCCUUGUAUUUAAACUCUUUUUAAAUUAACAAUUUCAUUGUAAGCUUUUGUAACGUUGCUGUUGGAAAUGUGCCUUGGAUCAACUGAUUUUCUCUUUGACAUUAGGUUUAAAAAUAAAACAUGUACUCACCUUGU